AAAUAUGGACGAAAUGCCAAUUUUUUUGAUAUGGUUGGUCAACUUACUGUUGAUUAUCGAUGUGCUAAAACUGUGCAAAUAAAAACUACAGGAAAUGAUAAGAAUCAGUUUACUUGUGUACUUGCAGUACUAGCUAACAGUAUUAAACUUUUGUCAAUGGUCAUUUUUAAAGAAAAAAGACUACCUAAAG